UAGAUUUGCCCGGCUCGUGUUCGGCUCGAACCAAGUACAAAAGUGUUCGGUUCGUUCACAAAAUGAAGCCAGUGAUUUUUGGCCGUUCUUCCACCUCAGGCUGUUUAUCUUGUUAUCCUCCAGAAACACAAGCGUGCAGCCGCCAUGCUGUCCAAACUGUUGUCGCUGUUGUGUAUAUUUCCAUUUGCUCUAGGUGCACCGGCCUUGCCUCCGUCUGCUCCAGGUAGUAAUGUUAGCAUUACUGCCUCAUAUUCGCCAGUCUCAACCUCAUCUAAUUCUUCAUCAAUUCCUGCCACAAGCUCUACAACAUAUUCUGCUUCCGCCAGCACCUCAGGCGCGUCUACCACAACUGGUGUCAUCACCAUUCCGCUCUCUAGCUAUUCAUUCACUCCAUAUCCUACACCUACUAUCAACCCUCGCCCUCCGGUUUUCCCUGCCACUGAUCCUUUGAACCCUCCCGCUGUCAGUAGUGAUCCGCAAGUCGUGCCCGAUUUCGCGCCCGCAUGGGCUACUGCCUACCAAAAAGCCAGGAACCUUAUAUCUGAUUAUACAAUCGAGGAAAAAGUCAACAUCACCACUGGAGUCGGUUGGGCAAACGGCUUGUGCGUUGGCAACAUCCCACCCAAUAAAAAUUUCCCCGGUUUAUGUCUUGAGGAUUCCCCUCUCGCUGUCCGUUUUGCCGACUACGCAACGGCGUUCCCAGCUGGCAUUCAAGUAGCGUCCACCUGGAAUCGUGCUCUGAUGCGUUCCCGGGGCCUGGCUUUGGGUCAGGAAUUCAAGGGCAAGGGCGUCAACAUUGCCCUUGGCCCCAUGAUGAACAUGGGCCGCAUCGGUCAAGGCGGCCGUAACUGGGAGGGUUUCGGUGCAGACCCUUUCCUGACCGGCGAAUCUGCAUAUGAGACAAUUUUGGGUCUGCAACAAGGUGGAGUACAAGCCACCGCCAAGCAUUUCAUAAACAAUGAGCAGGAGCACUUCCGCACUCAAGAAUCUUCAAAUGUUGAUGACAAGACUCAACACGAGAUUUACGCGCACCCGUUCUUGCGCAGCGUCAUGGCUGGCGUUUCGUCCGUCAUGUGCAGCUACAACCUCAUCAAUGAAACCUACGCGUGCAACAACGAUAAAAUGCUUAACGACAUCUUGAAGCGGGAGUACGGCUUCCAAGGCUUCGUUCAAUCUGACUGGUCGGCAACGAUGUCAACCCUCUCUGCUGUCGCAGGGCUUGACAUGACUAUGCCCGGUGAUAUCACUUUUGACUCUGGCGAUUCCUACUUCGGCGGCAACCUCACGGACUACGUGAAUGACGGCUACAUCAGCAUGUCUCGCCUGGACGACAUGGCGACGCGUAUCAUCGCUGCCUGGUACUACCUUCAUCAGGAUCAAGACUACCCUGCAACGAACUUUAACGCAUUCAAUCCGAAUGAUGAAGUGAACAACAAACAUGUGAACGUGCAGGCAGACCAUUACAAACUCGUGAGGGAGAUUGGCGCGGCUGGAACAGUUCUUUUGAAAAACAAAAACGGCGCGCUCCCAUUGAACAAGCCGAGGAACAUGGUACUCAUAGGAAGUGAUGCGGGUCCAGGCAAAUCCGGCCCGAACGAGUUCGCAGAUCAGGGUGGCAGCGAUGGAAUUCUAGCCAUGGGAUGGGGAUCUGGGACUGGUAACUUCCCUUACCUAAUCUCGCCUCUCGAGGGUAUCCAGGAGCGUGCUCGCCAGGACGGCAGCAGCGUGUUCUGGGACUUUGACGACUGGAACACUGCUCUGGCCGGCAAUAUGGCGUUUGGCCAGGCCGUUGCUCUCGUUUUUAGCAACUCCGACUCUGGCGAAGAUUACAUUACUGUCGAUGGCAAUGAGGGUGACCGCAACAACCUCACUGCCUGGCACAACGGUGAUGACCUCAUCCUUGCUGUCGCGGCGCAGAACAACAACACCAUAGUCGUCGUGAACAGCGUCGGCCCGCUCAUCAUCGAGCCCUGGAUCGAGCACCCUAAUAUCACUGCUGUCGUCUGGGCUGGCAUCCAAGGCCAGGAGGCAGGUAAUGCUAUUGCCGACGUCCUUUAUGGGGCAUACAACCCCUCUGGAAAACUUCCGUACACCAUUGCCAAGGAUCUCGCCGAUUAUCCCGCACAACUGGUGACUGAUGGUUCAGGAAGUGAGAUUGUGACCAUUGAUUACACGGAGGGGCUGUUCAUCGACUAUCGCCACUUUGACGAAGCAAAUAUCACACCACGCUUUGAGUUUGGUUUCGGGUUGAGCUACACCACGUUCUCGUACUCUGAGCUUUGCGUGACUCCGAUUCAGUCAUUGGACACUGAUCAGGAGGAUCUGAUCACAGCGUGGGAGAAUGGGAAGGCUUCGCCCAUUGCUGAAGGGUCUUCUACUGCCCUCUGGCUCCACGAGCCCGCAUAUCAGGUCUCUUUCAACGUCAUGAACACUGGACCUGUAUCUGGAACCGAGAUUCCUCAGCUCUACAUCCACCACCCGUCGUCCGCUAACGAGCCUCCUUCAGUCCUGAAGGGCUUCACAAACGUCGAAAUCUCGCCGUACGACACGGAGAAAGUCACAAUCACGCUCUCUCGCUAUGACCUGUCUAUCUGGGAUGUCGUCGCUCAGGGGUGGCGUAAACCUGAUGGCCAGAUCUCAUUCUCUGUCGGUGCCAGCAGUAGGGACUUUAGGCUGCAGGGGGACAUUCCUGCAUAAGUUUGUGCUCCUUCCUUGAGAUGCCUUUGCAUUGAUGCAGCGUGUGUUCCUAAAUAGUCCAAGAUCACCGAAAAUAAUAUAAUUCAUGACUCGCGAAUCUAGGAACGUACCCAAAAGCCAUAGAACAG